AUGGCGGUGAUACGCUGCGUCCUGCUUCCGAACAAAAUGAAGCGUCUAUCCGAAGAUUUCUCCUCAGCAUUGAAGAAUGCCGCGUGGUGUGCCACAUCCAGCGAGGACGGGACUGCUGCCACUCGCCUUGGCAGGAGAAGUGGUCGCAUCACGGAGCGGCGUCUCGAGGUCGAAAUCGAGAACCAGUCGUCAGAGUCUUUCCUCUUCGACAACGAUUGGUUCAAGCAUGGAAGCUGGGUGGAUGGUGCGGUGGACUGCCUGCCGCCAGGAACCACAACGACCCUGAAGCUGUGCAACUCCGACUUCACCUCCGGGGUCAGUGGCCUUUUCUGGUACGUGAACGAGGCUCGCUUCGACGUGUACCUCAGCCUGGUGUUCUCCCAUCCUUUAGCCAGUGAGGCAGCCUUCGAUGCCUUUCUGGGAGCUCCACCUGCCGAGCUCCACAGCGAAUGGUGCCAGGCACCGCCAGUGAGCAGCGAAAGCAACAGGCACGGCUGCCAGUGGCGGGUUCUCGAGCGUGGCCCGGUCCUCCGCCUGAAGGUCACGCUGCCGGAAUCGCUGCCGCGGGCCGCCAGUGGUUUGCCCAUGCCGGAGGCCGAGCAGAGGGUGCUGGUGGUGCGUGGUGAGGCCCAGGCACAGGCCCAGCAAGGGCGCGAGGAGUCAGAGGUGACGGCUCCCAGCUUCAUGGAUGUGACUCGACCGAGAGACUUCAUCGACGGCGUGGGGAGUGGCCUCACGGCCGCCUCUGUCGGCUUCGCGGCAGGCAGCGCGGCGUUGGUGGCCGCGCCCGCCGUCGGCCUCUCCGAGGGCGGCGUGCCCGGCUUCGUGCUGGGCCUGGCUCAGGGCGGCGCCGCUGCUUUGGGUUUGGCGGCCUGCGGCACGGCUGCCUGCGCUGCCCAGGUGGCGCGGGGCAUGCUGAACACACCGGAGGCCCUCAUGCAGCAAGAUGGGACGAGAUGGGACAGUACUCGCGGCAAGUGGGUGGACGACUUCGUUAACCUUCGAGAGGAAGAGGCCGACAAGGCUCCGGAGGACUGCGAAUCAGAGGAGGACUCGCCAUUGUUCGGCAGUGCCUACAAGAAGGAGGUUGCAGACUCGUCCUACUACGACAUCAUCGGUGUGAAGCCUGGAUCUCUACCUGCC